GGAGGAGGGAGGAAGAGCCGGAACAGAGCAGGAGCGAAUCCAGUGUUCCAUCCCGGAGCUCCCUGAACUCGCAGCCCCCCGGGACCAUCGCCCCCCAUCCCGCAGGAUUUCCCAUUCCCAAGCCUUGGCCCAAUGGAAAAGGAGGAGGCUGCGAGGAAGAGGAAGAUGGCCCAGGAGCCCCAGGCAGACAAGGAGCUGAGCACGGAGACCAGGGAGGAAAAAUCCCCACAGCAGAACCUCGUGGAAGAGGCCGUUUGCAGCGGCUCCACGGGGCAGGAAUCCAACGGGGAGGAAAAGCCGCGGAGAUCCCGCACAAGGAGGGGCUGCAAACGCAGAUCACGGGGAUCUGAGGAGGAAAGACCCAGCCUGGGCCGGGCAGGCGGCCGGAGAUGGAGCCAGAGCUCGGACCUGGUGGGCCGUGAGAAGCUUCGUGAUGGGGAGAAGCCCCACAAGUGCUCGGUGUGUGGGAUGAGCUUCAGAUGGAGAUCCAGGCUGAUCCGCCACAAGAGGAUCCACACUGGGGAGAGGCCCUAUGAGUGUGGGAAGUGUGGGAAGAGGUUUCAUACCAGCAGCAAUCUCCUCCUGCACGAGCGCACACACACAGAGGAGAGGCCCUUCCGCUGCCCUGACUGCAGGAAGGGCUUCAGGUACAACUCCGACCUCAUUAAACACCUGCGCAUCCACACCGGGGAAAAGCCCCACGAGUGUGAGGAGUGUGGGAUGAGAUUCAGCCGGAGCUCCAGGCUGAUCCGCCACCAGAGGACCCACACUGGGGAGAGGCCCUACAGGUGUGAGGAGUGUGGGAAGAGCUUCAGGCAGCGCUCCACACUGAUCAGCCACCAGAACAUCCACACUGGGGAGAGGCCAUACGAGUGUGGGGACUGUGGGAAGGGCUUCAGGCAGCGUUCCACCCUAUUCCGCCACCAAAGGAUCCACACUGGGGAGAGGCCCUUCGAGUGUUCUAAGUGUGGGAAGAGGUUUACCACGAAGUCUGAGCUCUUCCGGCACUACCAGACACACACAGAGGAGAGGCCCUACGAGUGUCCUGACUGCGGGAAGGGAUUCAGGCACAACUCCCACCUCAUCCAACACCGGCGCAUCCACACCUGGGAGAGGCCCCAUGAGUGUGAGGAGUGUGGGAAGAGCUUCGCCAGGAGCUCCAACCUGAUCCGCCACCAGCAGAUCCACGGAAAACGGCCCUACGAGUGCAGGGAGUGUGGGCAGUGCUCCAAGCACCGUGCCAGCCUGAUCUGCCACCAAAGGAUCCACACUGGGCAGAGGCCCUAUGGGUGUUCUGAGUGUGGGAAGAGGUUUCCCACCAGCUCCUCUCUCCUCCUGCACCAUUGCACGCACACAGAGGAGAGGCCCUUCCGCUGCCCCGACUGCAGGAAGGGCUUCAGGCAAAACUCCAACCUCAUCAAACACCGGCGCCUCCACACCGGGUACAGCCCUGUCUUGGGGUGACUUUAUGAUGCUUGUAUCCCCAGCUGUCUGUUCUGUUCAUGUUGAAUAUUGAGUUCUGCAGGUUUAAGGCUGGUUCCAGGAGUGAAGGGGGAAAGAAGAGGUGCACAGUUUGUUGUCAGAGACUGCAUUUGCUCCCCCACAUCCUGCACACAGACGGUGCUGUCUGCACUGGGCAGCAGGAGAGAGCUCUCCUUUGCUCUUGGUUAGUUCCUGGCUAGCUGAGGCACAGAAGCUCCCUGGACUGUGGUUUUUUCCCUCUGUUCUUGCUCUGAACUGUUCCACUCUGGACUGAAAAGCCAAAGGAGCAGCGGGAGCUCACAGCCAGAGCCCACUGGGGCCUGGCCUGGGCCGCGGCAUUUCCCAGCGCCGGAGGGACUGAGAACAGCCUGGGUGAGCCGGGCUGCGACC